CCUAUUAAACUCUACUUACCUCCUCUAUCCUCUCUCAAUGAUCCACGAUCUCGUCUCAAUUUCUCUCAUCAACUAAACAUAAGUCCUUCUAGUUCCUAUAAUAUAUAUUUUCCUGAAGUAAGUGGAAAUUGAAAUACACACACACACACACAUAUAUGUGUGUGUGUGUGUGUGUGUGUUUAUCAUUAUAUGCCGUUGAUUGUUUCGCUACAAACAUGAUAAUGCCUCCUACUCUUCCACCUUCUCGACAGCCAUUAGUAUUUGAUGCUUCAAUUCUUCAACACCAAGCCAAUAUACCCUCUCAGUUCAUUUGGCCUGACCACGAAAAACCAUGCCUUCAAUCCCCAAAACUUGCAAUCCCCCCUAUUGAUUUUGGAAGCUUCCUCACUGGAGAUCCUUUGGCAGUCUCAAAAGCUACUCAGCUAGUAAAUGAGGCAUGCAAGAAGCAUGGAUUCUUUCUCGUUGUUAACCAUGGAGUUCAUUCAAAGCUUAUAGCUAAAGCUCAUGAGUAUAUGAACAUGUUUUUUGGAAUACAACUCUCAGAGAAGCAAAGAGCUCAAAGAAAGAUAGGAGAGCAAUAUGGGUAUGCUAGUAGCUUCACUGGAAGAUUCUCCUCCAAACUUCCAUGGAAAGAAACACUUUCUUUCCGAUAUUGUGCUGACAAUGAUCAGUCUUCUGAAAUCGUCCAAGAAUACUUCUUGAAUGUAAUGGGAGAAAAUUUCAAACAAUUCGGGAAGGUUUACCAAGAAUAUUGUGAAGCCAUGAACACUCUUUCCCUUGGAAUUAUGGAGCUAUUAGGAGUAAGUCUAGGAGUUGGAAGAGAAUAUUUUAGAGAUUUCUUCGAAGGAAACGAUUCAAUAAUGAGACUGAAUUACUACCCUCCUUGCCAAAAGCCGGAUUUAACUCUUGGCACUGGGCCUCAUUGUGAUCCCACAUCCUUAACAAUCCUCCAUCAAGAUCAUGUCGGUGGCCUUCAAGUGUUCGUCGAUGAAAAAUGGCACUCCGUCAGUCCUGAUCCGGAAGCAUUCGUCGUCAACAUCGGUGACACAUUCACGGCUCUAUCAAAUGGCAUUUUCAAGAGUUGCUUGCAUAGAGCGGUGGUAAAUAAUGUAACAGUGAGGAAAUCCCUUGCUUUCUUUCUCUGUCCAAAACUGGAUAAGGUAGUGAAGCCACCAAAUACCUUGAUCGACUCUAAAAAUCCGAGGGCAUAUCCGGACUUCACAUGGCCAACUUUGUCAGAAUUCACACAGAAAUAUUAUAGGGCCGACAUGAAAACCCUAGAUGUCUUCACAACCUGGCUUCAACAAAAAAACAAUUGAGAGGGUGCCAAAAAUAUAUUUUUUUCCUGUUAAUUAGGCCAAGGAAAGUGAGAUUAUAGGAGUGGACAAUGCUAGGUGCAGCUGUGAAGGAGGGACUUGGUUCUUCAUGGUGUGUAUUUAGAAGAAAAAGGCAACAGAAGAACCAAAAAAAGAGGCCAGCACUGUAAUUUGCUGCUAGUGUGUUAGUGUUGGCGAGAAUAUUCAUAUCAAUGCAUGUAAGGAGCAAAUUGUAGGAAUAAAGAUUUGAAAUGGGCUCCAUGCAUUUCUUCGUAUUGUUAUGCUAUUUUCAUUUUGUUAACGCGACAUAGAUUCUGUGUACUUGUGUGCUUGGCCACCUCCAAAUUCUGGUA